AUCAAAAUUUUUUGUUCCGUUUAACAUUUUUAACUAACAGUCAAUUUUAAUGGAUUUAGAUUAGUGGAAUGAUUAAUCAUCAAUUUUGAGCUUAAGCUGUUUUCUUACGUGGCAAGUGAAACAAAAUCUACCUUCAUUGAUGUGGCGGAGAAGCUUAACCACCACCACAGCCGCCGUCACAACCGCUUCCAAUUUCAGGCAUAAAAAGUGGGACGCUUUAGUCAUCGGCGGUGGCCACAAUGGACUCAUCGCCGCUACUUACUUGGCCCGAUCGGGCCUCUCCGUUGCAGUCCUCGAGCGCCGCCACCUCAUCGGCGGCGCUGCCGUGACGGAGGAGCUGAUUCCAGGCUUUAAGUUCUCUCGAUGCAGCUAUCUCCUCAGUCUCCUCCGUCCUCAAAUCAUCAGAGAGUUGGAGUUGAAACGACAUGGUUUGAAGCUGUUGAAGCCAAUGGCAUCGUCGUUUACACCCACUCUUGAUGGACGUUACCUUCUACUAGGGCAGAGUGAUGAGCAGGAUUAUUUACAGAUCUCAAAGUUUUCAAAGAAAGAUGCUGAUGCUUAUUUCAGAUAUGAAGCUCAACUCCAAAAGUUUUGUAACUUCAUGGAUUUUGUUUUGGAUUCGCCUACACCUGAAGCUCUGCAUGGGAGUGCUUCUACAAUUGAUCGGCUGAAGUAUAAAUUGGAGAAUUCUAAGUUUUGGGCUCAGCUCCUGCGGCGUACACUCUCCUUGGGACAAAAAGGCAUAGUGGAUUUGAUGGAGUUGUUACUGUCUCCAACCUCAAAAGUCCUGGACAAAUGGUUUGAGUCAAAUUUAUUGAAGGCUACACUUGCGGGAGAUGCGAUUAUUGGGAGUAUGAUGAACAUUAACACUCCUGGAAGUUUCUGGAGCCUAGUGUGCAUUAACUCAAUCAUUUAUUGAGUAAGCAAUUAAUAUAAUACAUUCAUGUGUAGGCAUGUUGAAGGUGGGAUGGGUGCUGUAUCCUUAGCUAUAAGUAAAGCCGCUAAGGAAGCUGGAGUUCUUAUUGAAACAAAUACAGAGGUUUUAAAGGUGAUGGUGGAAGACUCUGGAAGGGCAAAUGGAGUAUUAUUGGCUGAUGGGACUAAAGUGCACUCUUCAAUUGUUUUAUCAAAUGCUACUCCUUAUAAGACCUUUAUGGAAUUGGUACCUCAUGAUUUUCUUCCUGUUGAAUUUCUUCGUGCAAUUAAGUAUUCUGACUACAGCUCUGGAACAACAAAGAUCAACAUAGCUGUCGAUAAACUGCCCCAAUUCCACUGUUGCAAGCUAAAUAAUAAAGAAGUGGGUCCUCAGCACACAGCUACCAUCCAUAUUGGUUGUGAAAGUAUGGAGGAGAUCAGAUCAGCUUGUCAAGAUGCUUGUAAUGGCUUACCAUCACGAAGGCCUGUGAUGGAGAUGACAAUUCCUUCUUCAUUGGAUACUACAAUAUCACCACCUGGUAAGCAUGUCAUCAGCUUAUUUACCCAAUAUACUCCUUAUAAACCCUCAAAUGGUAGCUGGGACAAUGCUGAAUAUAGAGAAUCAUAUGCAAAAAGAUGUUUCAACUUGAUCGAUGAACAUGCACCUGGCUUCUGCUCGUCUAUCAUAGGUUAUGACAUGCUGACACCACCAGAUCUGGAAAGGGAAAUUGGACUGACAGGAGGAAAUAUUUUCCAUGGUGCUAUGGGUUUGGAUUCACUCUUCUUAAUGCGACCUGUGAAAGGCUGGUCAAAUCAUAAGACACCAAUCAGAGACUUAUAUCUAUGUGGAAGUGGAACUCAUCCUGGAGGGGGUGUCAUGGGAUCUCCUGGGAGAAAUGCUGCACGGGUUAUUCUCAAUGAUUUUAAGAAGCAUUAUCAAUAAGCAUGUCCUUUUAUUGCAUUUGUUCCUGCGUAUAUGAUGAUAAGUUUCAUUAGUUGCUAUCAACUGGAUAUUCGUGUUUCUUAUUUUAUGUCGCUGUUAUUGUGUCGGUUUAUGACAUUCUUUGGUCAGCCUCGUUAAGAUGUUACAAGUUGUUAAGCAACCAAUGUUGAUUAAUGGACCAGAGAAUAACUGUAAC